GAGAAACUAAUUUUCGAGCCCGCACCGAAAUAAUCCCUCGAAUCUCCAAUGAGACUGGCAUCCCUUAAUCUCGGCAGCCAUUCGUGUACCUCUGUAUGUGCCUUCGGUCAGUCAGGGAAACGCUGGCUUGAGCCGAUAAGCACGGGCUCGACGAUACCAUCUUCUCGCCCGCCGCACGGCGGAUCAUGGAUUAAACACUAGGCCGAUUGAUAGUUUCGCGUUGUAUCUCUGGAAACUAGCGAUUGUAGUUUCGCUGAGAUAUUGGAGGAAAAAGUAUAUUAUACAAGUGGUGUAUGUAAAGGUCUGUUGAUAAAUUGAUAACGGUAUCGAAGUUGUAUAAUUGAGAGAAACAUUUGAGAAAAAUGAUGGGACUUUCUUCCGAGAAAUGCAAGUAAAAAUUAGCUGUGUAUAAACGUACGGUAUUUUUUAUCCGAUUGACAUCAGAGUUAUCAAGUGUCGAUCGACUAUAAUAUUGCCACUGCUUGGUAGACCGGUGGGAAGUAAGCAGCUCGCAGUGUUGAUCGCAGUAAACCAGAAAUUGACUCAACUAAAUGUGACAUUGUUUUAUUCAAGAAGAUGCUUCAAUUGCUAAUCCUGUCUUUUGUUUUUCUCGGGGUUGAAAGUGAUCCUGGAUUCUACAAUGUGACGUUAUCGACCGGAAGAAUAGUUGGCGGGAAGGAUGCACUGAUCCAAAGCUAUCCGUACCAGGUGUCGUUGCAGAAAAAUGGCAAACAUAACUGCGGCGGCACCAUAAUCUCGGCUGACUGGAUCCUCACCGCAGCCCACUGUGUGCCCAAGAAGGUGGUCCAGGUAAACACAGUGCGCGCGGGUACAAGCGUCAGGGACGAGGGUGGCAGUGUCCACACUGUCGAUAAGGUGAUCCGCAACGAGGACAGCAAGGUAUCCGGCAAAUUGGUCGGGGAUUUGGUGCUUCUACAUUUACUGGAGCCGUUGAAGUUCGACGAAACUCGACGAGCCAUCAGCCUCUUCUCCGCGAGCGACAAGGUCAAAGAGGGCCAAUCGAGCGUGAUAACGGGUUGGGGUCGAACUGUCCCAAGCUCUCCUCAAUUCUCCCGUCAGCUACAGACUGUGUCAGUCCCAGUCUUCAAUCUCAAGACCUGUAACAAGGCCUACAAGGGUAAGGUCACAGCAGGCAUGUUCUGCGCGGGCUACUACGGCAAAGGUGGCAAGGACGCUUGUCAAGGUGACUCCGGUGGUCCUAUGGUCAUCGACGGGAGGCUCGCGGGUGUCACCUCCUGGGGCAACGGUUGCGCUCUAGCCAACUUCCCAGGAGUCUACGUCGAAAUCGCCUACUACAGGGACUGGAUCAAGCUGCAGACUGGGAUUUAGGCACGCGACAGUCUCGAGGAUUCUCAAAAGGACGUCUUAUAACGUGCGACGCUGGCAUGAGAGAGCAAGCCGAUAAUAAGGAUUUAGCUCGUCUCGCGCCACUAGACUAGACGGCUGAUGGGAAGUUCUGCAUUCCAGAUAAUCGAGCUUGAAAGACAUGCGAGCUAACUCUAGUCAGAAUCGUUAUUGUCUGUUGUGGAAUUGAUAAGGCGACGUCGUUCAAUAUGUAUGGUGUUAUAUAAAUAAAUCGAUUUUGCAAUGGA